AUGCCUUUAGCUUGUAGUGUGCAAUCUGGUCCUUGUGUUCGAUACCCGUUUACUACUUCUGACCUGUGCACUUGCAGAAUCAGGGAUAGGAAAGGGGAAGACCUGAUCCCGGGAUCACUUACCUCACCAACUUUCUUACCAAAGGUGAAGGAUCAAGGGAAGUUCACUCUCCCUUGCACACUUGGGCAUAUUGAGCUUGACAAUGCCUUGGUGGAUUCUGGUGCAAGCAUCAACCUCAUCUCACUCACAAUGGCAGAAAAGAUUGGCAUUGCUGGAGCAUUGCAGCGCCCUACUACUUCAAUCAUGUUUGGAGAUGCAACUUCAAAGUCUCCUCUUGGUGUGUUCAAAAACUAUCACUUGAAAAUAGGAGAAUGCAUCAUCCAAACUGAUCUUACUGUCAUGGAGAUGGAAGAAGAGAAGGAUCUACCUUUACUAGGAACCCCUUUCCUUAGCACAGUUGGCGCUUCAAUAGACUUUCACAAGCAAGAAGUGAUUCUCACAAGCCCUUGUGUGCUUGAUGAAGAGAGCCUUCAAGCUUUGUUUGAUGAGCCACUAGGAAGGGCUCUAAAGGAAGGGGAGGAUGUAGCCUCUAAGGCAAGACCAGGUGAUAAGAGAAAAGAUCCACCAGCUCAGGCCCCUUCAGUCAAGCCAUCUCAGCUCACUAUGACCUUGUUUCCCCACCAAGUUGAAAAUGGGAAGAUUGAGUACAAGAUAAGGUACAAGGGGAGAUCAAGACCUUUCUCUAGAGCCAAGGCCUUGGUCACUUCAGAGAAAUCCAGGGACCCAACCAAGCUAAAGGAGCUCCUAUCCCAAGUCCUCACUAUCACCCUUGAUGGUGGGACUAGCUCAACCAAUGCCUAA